AUGUCCUUUGGAUGUGAUGAAAGGAACCACAGCGACCAAGAUAAUGAGUUAGAUAGCAAUCUAACUCAAGCUACGUUGGACCAUAGCGACCAAAAUGUUGAGGCAAGCAAGAAUUUGGUCCCAGCUCCGUUGCACAAGCGGCUUUCGUCUGGUUGGAGCUCCCUCGCACUUGAUACAUGGCUUUUUGAGAUUAUCGCCAUCUGCUUCAGUGUCGCUUGUUUCAUCGCCAUAUUUUGUAUUCUAUGGGUGUACGACCAAACCCCAACACCAAAAUUUUCCCACGGACUUACGUUAAACACCAUAGUUUCGGUGCUUGCAACUGCGUCUAAAUCGUCUUUGAUUUUUGUUGUGGGCCAAUCCAUUGGCCAAUUGAGAUGGAUCUGGUUUCAGAAAGGCCCAAAACCGCUGUCCCACCUCCAAGAUUACGACAGUGCGAGCCGUGGACCAUGGGGUUCCUGUUUCAUAUUAUUCCAGGACAAAGGCCGUUCGCUUGUAAGCAUCGGAGCCUUGAUCACCAUUUUGGCUCUUGUGUUUGAUCCAUUUGUACAACAGAUCCUGACAUAUCCAGUCAGACAAACAUCAAGAGACUCCAGUUCUGCGACGGCCAAACAAUCGCAUUUCAUCCUCCCAGGGGACGGAAACAUGGACUUUAUGGAUGCCAUCAAUUCUGCAUUCUGGUCAAACGACUUUGCUGUGAACCCGACUUGUGCGUCUGGCAAUUGCAGCUGGCCGCUAUUUCAGUCGGUCGAACUGUGCAGCAAAUGUGAAGAUGUUACCUCCAGCGCAACCCUCAUUGGCUGUGACAACGUCCCCUUUAAUGCUAGCUUAAACGAGGAUCAGUCGGGCCCUUGCAAUAUCUCCCUACCUCAGGGAGACUCGUCAUCGGAGCCAGUCUCCAUAAUUCCGCACUUCGGGGAUAGCUUCGAUAUGUACAUCCCCGAGGACAUCAUUUGGGACGUCCACAGACUGAAAACGAUAGUCGACCCCGACGUAUCACACAGUUCGUAUCUUUCGACCUCCAGUGAUAUUCCCUACGUUGUCGUGAACAAAACCUUCAUUGGCGUGAAGAACCCACUGUUAGUAGUCGCGCACGCUGCACUCACCCUUCCCAGCGGUAAAACAAGCAAGCUACAGUCUCAUCCCGAAAAGGGGCUCAAAAUACGUAAUGUCACACAAUGCGUGUUGUCCUUAUGUGCCAGGACAUAUAACGUGUCCGUGUCCGACGGUAUCCCCUCAACCAGCAUCUCAGCACCAGAUUACGGUACAUUCGUUCCCUUCAAAGACCCAGAAGGGAAAUCACCUGGCAAUGUAUGCUGGCAUCCAGGCACGGGUACCUCAGUCAACGUGGCCUCGAAAUCUGAUGGCCAAUAUACGAACACCACCGAGUUCGCAUUUUGUCCAGCGACACUCUUUGAUGAUUAUGACCUACAGCUGACAGGCUCAAAACAACGCAACUUUUGGUGGACCAACAGCGGAGGCCCGGACUACGCCUUUUGGAGAAAUUACCAACGCCGUAAUAACCCCGAGGCUUCCUCCCAAAACGUCCAGAAGAUUGUAGCCUCUGGGUUAGAGAAGGUGACGCAUAAUAUGGCGGCGUCGCUGGGAAAAUUUGCUCGCAGCACCAGCAAUGGAAUGGUGACCGGCAGUAUGGCCAUUAGCGAGUCGUAUGUCGAUGUGAAUUGGCCCUGGCUGACGCUCCCGGCUCUUCUUCUUGUGCUAGGGAUAGUCUUUCUGGUUUCGACGCUUCUAGCCAACAAGCAACGGAAGCUGAGCCUCUGGAGGAAUUCUGUUCUCCCUAUUCUGUAUCAUGGACUCGAGCGAGAUCUGGUAGAAGCAGGUGACGAAUACGCCCCUGUUAGCGAGAUGGAGCGGACUGCAGGGGCAAUUGAUGUAAAAUUAGGAUUCUCUGAUACGCAAAGCAGAUUGAUGCUUCGGAGAUGA